AUGAGUAGUGAAUUUAGUGAAGAGAUUCUCAUUGAUAAGCUCGCCGAGCUCAACAGCAGCCAACAAUCCAUCGAAAAUCUGUCACAAUGGUGUAUAGCACACCGUAGUGAAGCUGAGCUGGUGGUAACGACAUGGGAGAAACAGUUUCACAGCACAGAGAUGGUGCAGAAAGUGCCUCUCAUGUACCUUGCCAACGACAUUCUCCAGAACAGUAAGCGUCAGGGGAAUGAGUUCGUGCAGGAGUUCUGGAAUGUUCUUCCCAAGGCUGUCAAAGACAUGGUUUCUCAAGAAGAUGAUCGUGGCAAACGCGUCGUCUCAAGAUUGGUUAAUAUAUGGGAAGAGAGAAGAGUGUUUGGGUCUCGUUCAAAGAGUCUUAGGGACGUCAUGCUCUCAGAAGAAGCUCCUCCACCGCUUGAUCUUGAUGUCAGUAAAAAGCGUUUCAGGGGAUCGAAAUCUUCGAAACGAGACUCCAAAUCUGCCAGAACGAAAUCAUCAAGUGGAGGUGUGACCGAGAAGAUAGCAGCUGCGUUUAGCUUGGUUCGUGCGGAGAACUCAAACGAAGAGACAGAGAUGAGCAAGUGCAAGUCUGCAGUCAAACGUAUCAAGAAGAUGGAGAAAGAUGUUGAAGAUGCUUGCUCCACUGCAAAAGACCCCAGGAGAGAAACACUGGCAAAAGAGUUGGAAGAAGAAGAAAACACUCUGAAGAAGUCUGUUGAGAAACUCAAAUCUGUUGAAGAAAGUAGAACAACCCUCGUCAAACACCUAAGAGAAGCUCUACGUGAACAGGAAUCUGAAUUAGAGGAUCUUCAAUCUCAGAUACAGGUAGCAAAAGAACAAACCGAAGAAGCUCAAAAGAUGCAGAAACGGCUCAAUACCGAAGCACCACCGGUUAACAACAACGGAACGUCGGCGAAACUCACUCCUGCUUCAAUCGCUGCAAUGCUAACCGCGUCGACGAACUCAUCAAUGAUCAUGCAAUCCGUUCUCUCUUCCUUCGCAGCCGAAGCCACACAGACUUCCGGUUUAUCCAAAUCAAACGGUUCAGAGACAUCAACUCCAUUCGCUCCUCCUCCAAACCCCCAGCAGCAACAGCAGCAGUAUCAUCACAUCAUCCCUAACCAAACCGCUCCACCGCAACAACAGUUCUUGCCUUACGGUUUUAGUAACAUUCCGUUAAUGCCGCCACCACCGCACAUGAUGAGUAAUAAUCAGUCAAACGCAGCUCAGCAACAACCGCAACAAGGUCAGACUUUUCAGCCACCGGGUAUGAUGUAUUAUGGACCUCCUCACCAUUCUUAA